CGAGGACCGAGGCUUCCGUUAGUUGCCCGUGAGUUCUGAUUCCCCCGUCCUGUGACGUGAGCGGCCCCCGAAAUUUUUAUGUGUUGGGCGGGGAGGCAGAGAGUCCAAGAGAGCCUUAACUGAAAGGAUGGAGUUGGGGAAUGGAAAACUGCUUAGGACCGGACUGAACUCACUGAAUCAGGCGGUGCAUCCAACUCACGGCCUUGCCUGGACUGAUGGGAAUCGAGUGAUCCUGACUGAUUUGCGGCUUCAGAGGGGAGAGGCCAAGUUUGGGGACUCCCAGGUCAUUGGAAAAUUCGAAUAUGUGUGUGGGGUUUCCUGGGCCCCCGUCAGCGUAGCUCACAUACCCACUCUGCUCGCCAUCCAGCACAAGAAGCAUGUCGCCGUGUGGCAGCUGUGUCCCAGCACUUCGGGUUCCAGCAAAUGGCAGAUGUCUCAGACCUCUGAAAUCCGAGAAUCCCUCCCAAUCCUUCCUCAGGGCUGCCUGUGGCACCCGAGAGAUGCUGUCCUGACUGUGUUGACGGCGCAGGAUGUUUCCGUUUUCCCUAACAUUCACUGCGACGGUUGCAGAGUGAAAGUGGACAUCAACACCAAGGGCCGAAUUUACUGUGCCUGUUGGACCCUGGAUGGCCAGCGGCUGGUGGUGGCAGUAGACAGCAGCCUUCAUUCUUAUAUGUGGGACAGCUCUCAGAGGUCUCUCCAGAGCUGCUCCUUCUGCCCAGUGCUCCAAGUGGGCCGCUCCAUUCGCUCCAUCGCAGCCACCGAGGACUCACAGGUUGCUAUAGCCACUGAGCUUCCACUCCAUAAGCUUUGUAGCUUAAAUGCGGCUGAAGCCUUUGCUGUCCCACCCAACGGUGAAGAUGCUGGCGUGCGCUCUUUUCCUGUCGGGGAAAUGCCCCCUGGGGAAAUGAAUUCUGGAGUGAUGGUCUCUCCCUUUUCAGAUCCUCUGGAUCUGACUCACAUCCACUUCAACCCAUCUCCAGUUGAGGAGAGUUCUCUUGUUUGUGUCAGAAAAACUGACUACGUGACAGGUACAGGCCAGGACUCUUCACACUUGAUCUUGGUAACCUUUAAGAAAGCAAUUACCAUGACAAAAAAGGUUGCCAUUCCAGGCAUUCUGGCUCCUGAUUUGAUAGCAUUUAACCUGCCAGCACAGCUAGUGGCUGUGGCUUCCAAUACCUGUAACAUCAUUUUGAUCUAUUCCACCAUUCCAUCCUCUAUGCCAAACAUCCAGCAGAUUCAGUUAGAGAGUAACGAAAGACCAAAAGGCGUAUGCUUCCUAACAGACAGAUUUUUAUUAAUUUCUGUAGGGAAACAAAAGCCCACUGAGACUACAUUUCUUCCUUCCUCAGAAUCUGAUCAGUAUGCUGUUCGCCUGGUAGUUAGAGAGGUAACAUUGGGAAGAGAAUCUUCUGGAACGCCUGCUGAAAGUCAGGACGCUUAUUCUGCCUUCAACACUCUGUUGAAUAAAGUAGACAGAGAAAAGUUUCUUGAGAGCCUUUCGCCGGGCUUGAGUCCCCUGAGCUCAGGACUCUUGCUGACAGCUAACACCAGUACUCAGGGUGGGAGGUCUGGAAGAGCCCUUAUUCAGGAGAUUACAAGUCCCUCGUCCCCUCUGUCCUGCGAUUCCAUUGUACGAGAAACCCCUCACACAUCCUCCUGGCUUUGGCCCGGAUUGCCUAGACCCAGCAGGACACCAGACCAUACCAGCACCUCAGAGCCAAAUUUACCUCAAACACAGAACUUAGAAAAAGAAAAGGAAACUUGCCCACACUCCAGGGAGCUGGAAGUUCUAUCUAGGCACCUGGCUGGAAUGCAGCAGUGCCUUUUUGAACUCAUGGAUUUUCUACACAAGGAAAAGCGGUUCUCUCCAAUGUAUCCACUCUCUCAGGACCCUCCCUAUGUUCACCUCAUUUACCAGAAACCUUCUGUGGGUCCUGCUGAAGAAAGAGCCGUGCUUCUCUGUGAUGGCAAACUGAGGCUCAGCACUGUCCAGCAGAUGUUUGGCCUCUAUCUCGUUGAAAUGCUGCACAAUUCCCAUUGGAUCCUCCUCUCUGCCGACAGCCAAGGUUUCAUCCCAUUGACUUUCGCAGCCUCCCAGACGGUCGUGGUGAGAGAUGGCAGCCUGUCCAAGCCAGAGCUGGCUAGGGGCUCUCCUUCUCACAAUCGGGAUCCCAUUCUGCCACCUGGAGGCUUUGGAGACCUUGCCACACAGAACGCAGAUACUGCUGGCUGUUUCAGCAGUGUGGCCUGAGGGCUGUAUCUGCUCCACCAGCUUCCCUAGGACUGCGGACUGCUGGGCAGCAGGGCGAGUGCUUGCUUGUGUGCUCCUGACUGUGCCACUUGGAGGACAGAAUUCCAAGAACAAAACCAUACUGUGUCACCAUGUGGAUUGUAUCCUACAACAUUUCUCCAAGGCCUUGCUUCCCUGAAGCUGGGUUCAGACUGCCUGGAGCGAGUGCAUCAUGGGAUACUCUGGUGCAGUGGUAGGCCUUUGCCUUGCUUUAAAUGUGCAGGUGAGGAGAGCCACUGGGGAGCCUGUGCUUCAACACAGCCUUUUAACCCAUUCCCCAGGCAGCAGGAAACCAUUGCAGAGGAAGUCAGAGACCCGCUUCACCCUCAGGACUGCCUGGAUCAGGAGGAUCAGUUCAGAGGAUGGCCUCCCUCCCUGGAUUUAAAACCAACUUUUUUUUUUUUUUGAUUUUUCGAGACAGGGUUUCUCCGUAGCUUUUGGUUCCUGUCCUGGAACUAGCUCUUGUAGACCAGGCUGGCCUCGAACUCACAGAGAUCCGCCUGCCUCUGCCUCCCGAGUGCUGGGAUUAAAGGCGUGCGCCACCACCGCCCGGCUAAAACCAACUUUUUUGAGUCCGUUGACAAUUCUAGCCAAUAAGGUCCAGAUAUUGCUUAAAAAAAAAAAAAGUGCUGUGGGCAACAAAAUAAGAUAAAAUAAAAUGUUAAGAUUUGACCCCCUCUGGCCUCCGCCUGAUUGUGUGCCAUUGCCCACCUGGUGAGAC